AUGAGUACCUGGAUUCCAUCCCGACUCCUGGACCUGGCGGGAACCAGCCUGCUGAGGGACAACGAGGCCUCGGCCGUCACUGCUCUGGAGUACCUGCCCACCGAGCUCUUCCCGCCUCUGUUCCUUGAGGCCUUCUUUGAGAGACGCAUUGAGACCCUGAAGGCCCUGGUGCAAGUCUGGCCCUUUGUCCGCCUGCCUCUGGGGGGCCUAAUAGAGUUGCCUCAUGUGGGGCCAUUACAAGCCGUGCUGGAUGGGCUCGAUGUCCUGCUAGCCCAGAAAGUUCGCCCCAGGAGGUGCAAACUGCGGGUGCUGGACUUACGGAACACUGGCCAGAGAUUCUGGAGCAUGUGGUCUGGAGAAGGCACUCAUGUGUGUUCAAGGUCACGGGUGGCACCAGUGGCUGAGGACAGGUUGAGGACAAAGCAGCCCUUGGCUCCCUUGAAGGUGUUCAUAGAUCUUUAUCUCAAGAAAAGGACCCUGAAUAGAUUCCUCACCUACUUCCUCAGGUGGGUGGAGCAGAGGAAAGGUUUGAUUCACCUGUGCUGCAAAAAGCUGAAGAUUGUUUCAAUGCCCGUGGGAAAUAUUAUGAAGGUCCUGAGUCGGGUGCAGCUGGACUGUAUCCAGGAGGUGGACAUGGACUGCACAUGGCGCCUGUCCACCCUGGCCGGGUUUGCUCCUCUGCUGGGCCAGAUGACUAGUGUGCAGAAACUCCUCCUCUCCCACAUCAACGUGUCUGCCUUUGAGGAGCAGGACCAGCAGCAUCUUGCCCAAUUUACCUCUCAGUUCCUCAGGCUGCACCACCUCCGGAACCUCCAUAUAGAAUCUCCCUCUUUCCUUGAAGGCCACCUGGACCAGGUGCUCAGGUUCCUAAAGACCCCCUUGGACAACUUCUCAAUAACUAACUGCCAGCUUUCGGAAUCGGACUUCACCCACCUGUGCCAGUGCCCGAACAUCAGUCAGCUAAAGGGCUUGGAUCUGAGUGGUGUCACCCUGACCAACUUCAGGCCUGAGCUGCUCCAAGUUCUGCUGGAGAAAGUUGCGGCCACCCUGCAGGAACUGGACUUAAACCUGUGUGGGAUCAUGGACUCACAUCUGGAGGCCAUCCUGCCCGCCCUGAGCCGCUGCUCCCAGCUCAGGACCUUGAGCCUGGGUGGGAACCUCCUCUCCAUGGCCGUCACUGAGAAGCUGCUGCGACACACCGACGGGCUGCCCAGUCUAUGUGCUGAGUUUUACCCCGCCCCUCGGGAGAGUUACAGCCCUCAAGGAGUUCCACUUCGAGGGAGAAUUGCCCAGCUGCAGGCUGAGCUCAUGGAGAUCCUGAGAGACCUGGGACGUCCCAGGACCAUCUGGCUUAGCCUCAGCUUCUGUCCUUACUGCGGGGAUGACGUAUGUGACCACAUGGAGCCCAUCAUGUACUGCUGCAGUACCCCCGCCUAG